CGCUCUAUAUAAACUCACAAAAAAAAAAGAAGUAUUCAGCACCCAGCUCUAGCAACAUCUAUACAGUUUUUAAUCAUCGAUCCCCUGCUUCAAGAAUUUAUUGCUUUUUUCGUAGUCCUAAAGCCAUGCUUCUUCAAGCAGCUAUUUCUUCUCCAACUUAUUCCUUGCAACGGGCAGGCGCUACUGCUCAUCCCUUGUUGUUGAGCAACAACUCAGCCACCACUGGCACUACUACUGCUAACUUCUUAUCUUCUUCUUCGUUAUCGGCCGACUCUGCAGGCGGCCGCCCAACCAGUGUCGUUUUGCAGACUAAUCGCCAGAAAGGAGGCUUCAGGACCUUUGCUUCAGAUGAAAAGACCAGCACCUUGUCACUCACGGGAGUGGUUUUUCAGCCCUUUGAAGAGAUUAAGAAUGACGAAUUCUUGGUCCCAUUGUCCCCCAGUGUUUCACUUGCCCGUCAGAGAUUCUCCCACGAGUGUGAGGCGGCAAUCAAUGAGCAGAUCAAUGCGGAGUACUGUGUGUCCUACGCGUAUCACGCCAUGUAUGCAUACUUCGACAGGGACAAUAUUGCUCUUAAAGGCCUAGCCAAGUAAGUACCAG